UGUCAGUCUACUCAUCCAGUCCAGUUAGUGAGGGCGGCCGCCAUGGAUGACCUGUUCCCGGCGGUGCGCUCUGUCGCCACGGGCCUGCUCUACGAUGAGGAGCUGAUGCUGCAGCACCGCUGUCUCUGGGACCCCGAGUUCGAGGAGUGUCCCGAGCGGCUCCGAUCUGUCCUGGAAAGAUGUCGGGAGCUCGGUCUGAUGGAGCGCUGUGAGCGCCUGCCGUGCCGGCCGGCCACAGAGGCCGAGCUGCUCAUGUUUCACACGCAGAGCCAUCUGUCGACGGCCGCCGGAACCAGUGGCUGUCGCGAUGUCGAGGCGCUGCAGCAGCUCUCGUCCAAAUACGACACCGUCUUUUUUCACCCGUCCACGUACAAGGCUGCGCUGCUGUCUGCCGGCUCCACACUGAGUCUGGUGGAUGCCGUCAUUGACGGCACAGUCAGAAACGGAAUGGCGAUUAUCAGGCCGCCGGGACACCACGCCGGGCCCUCAGAGUUCAACGGCUACUGCUACUUCAACAACGUGGCGCUGGCAGCACUGCGCGCCGCCCAGCGUCGGCUCAAGGUGCUCAUUGUGGACUGGGACGUCCACCACGGCCAGGGCACCCAGCGUGCCUUCUAUGACGACGACAGGGUGAUGUACUUUUCCGUGCACCGAUACGAGCACGGUGAGUUCUGGCCCGGCCUGCGCGAGGGCGAGUACGACUGCGUGGGCGACGGGCCCGGCCUGGGACUCAACUGGAACGUGCCCCUCAACGGUACCGGCAUGGAGGACCAAGACUAUCUGGCGAUAUGGCACCGGCUGCUGCUGCCCGCCGCUUAUGAGUUUGCGCCGGAUGUCGUGCUGGUCUCGGCCGGGUACGAUGCUGCGCUCGGAUGUCCCCAGGGUGAGAUGCGGGUAUCGCCGGCGUGUUUCGCGCACCUGACUCACUCUCUGAUGAGCCUGGCGUCGGGCCGGCUGGCCGUCGUUCUGGAGGGCGGCUACUGCCUGUCUUCGCUGGCCGAGUCGGCCGCGCUCACCCUGCGCGCGCUGCUGGGCGACCCGCCGCCGCCGCUGCCGGCCCUGCUGCCGCCCUGCGACAGUGUGGAGGAGACCAUUCUGAACGUGGUGUCUUCCCAGCGGCGCAGCUGGGGCUUCCUGACGCUGUACGACACGUACCACCCGGCCCCGGGCGGGGGCGGCGGCGGGGGCGGCGCGGCGGCGGCCCCCGACCAGCACAUCCCAGUGGUGGAGUACCGCGGCGACCCGCCGCCCGCCGACGCCACCUACCCCACGAUCGGCGCGUGUCCCGUACAGAGCGAGGAGGAGAAGGAGCGCUACCGACGGGAGCUCGACCAGCUCAGAGAGGACACCGAUCUUACUGUGGCCCCGUGUCGUCUGGUGGUGGCCAAAACACACCACCACCAUCCCAACCCCAUGAACGGGGUGAUUCGCUCCGAGUCUGUGGCCGCGCUGAUGCAGGGCUGCCUGGAGGUGGGCGGCGGAGCAGACGCAUGUCAGGAGGACGGAAUCACAGAGGCCAUUGACGCCGUGCUGGAGGACCGGGCCGUGGCCGGUUUCUGCGCCUGUAUAGAGCCGGACGGACCGGCCGCGGCGCGACACGCGCUCUCCCGCUGCCAGCGCCUCCUGGUGGUCGACUGGAGAGACUCGCCACUCUGCGUGGCUCCCGACUGGGGUCUGAUGGUGCCCUGUCCCUCGGACGCCGAGGCCGUGGUUCUGACCAUCUCUGGCGGCGGCUGCGAGGUGGUGAACCUGCACCACGACCAGAAGACCACCGCCGAGCUGUCGCCGACCGUCGAGCCGCUGCUCUCGUGGGCGGGCGCGGACCGGAUCCGCACGCCGCUGAUGCUCGAGUCGCCGUCCCCGGACGUCAGCUGGGAGUCCGGCGAGGCGGUGGCGCUGCUGACGCAGCUGCUGCUGCCGCUGGCGUACCAGCUCUGCCCGCAGCUGGUGCUGCUGCUGGCCCCGGCCGUGCCGCCCGAGUCGGCCGCGCUGGCGGAGCACGUCACCCACCAUCUGCGCGCGCUGGCCGGCGGCCGGCUGGUGGUGAUCGGCUCGGACGCCUGUCUGCCGCCGCUGCUGGGCCGGCCGCCGCGGCCGCUGCCGCCGCUCGGCGCGCCAUCUCUCGCCGCGUUGGCGAACCUGCGCCGCGCGCUGCGCCGCCAGGGGCAGCACUGGCCGGCACUGGCCGAGAUGAAGAGGGUGCCCGAGACAGCGCUGGAGGGAAGGAAGCCCUCCACCUACGAGCCCUUCCACUGAGCUCCAGCAGAGCGAUGGGCAGCGGCUGACGGUUUCGAGGCGUGCUGAUCAUACUGUCAACCUUGUGCCGCGUGCCGGGGAGAGCGGAAAAUAACUUGCCAUAUUUCCUUUUGAUAUUAUAUACUGCAUGGUAAAUAUUAACUCGAGCAGUUCCGAUGCAAUGCAAUAUGUUUUGUUCCGAUUCUCCAUGCAUUUGUCUCGUCAACUAUGUGCUUUCAAUGUUUGGACCAAUAUGGAUGUAUGCUUGCUAAAAAGUUGCGAUGUGGCAUGCGCGGAUCAAUAAUGGCAGACAAAUAAUUACGCCAAUCACGCGCAAGUACUUAAAACCAUUGCGGGUAUUGUAUGUAAUUUGUAAGCGAAUGGUAGCGUUGUUGUAAUAUCGAUGUGCUGGUAGUUAUAAGAAUGGCAUGCUUAGGCGCCAUUCGAUUUAUAGGCGCCAGUAGGAUUAAUGCUAAUGCUAAUGCUAACAUUUGCUUUUGUAGAGCUUGAGUUGUGUACUAAGGCUGUGCGGUUUUGGGUUGUUGGAUUCCUUUGCGAACGAGUGUGCAUCGUUUUAAGGAAGUUUAUUGAAGUGUUCGUCCCGGUAAUUCUAUUCCCGGUAAGUGCCGUUUCCCUUUAACGUUCCUACGCCCAGUCGUAUCACACUGUGUUCAUAGGAUAACGUAGUCUAGUCUGUAAAAAGACAGCCUCUCCCAAAAGACAAGUUUCUAUGCUAUGCUAAUGCUCCUUUUGCGUGCCUAUCGGAUUAUUUUCAUGAGUAUUUCAAAUGUUUGA